AUGAAGUUAACCCAGUUAUUUGAAAGCAUAAUUCUCAAUGCGCAACAAGCACGUGAUCAGUUUGAUCGUGGCUUCGAGUCGGAAGCUUUUCACCGUCUCGAAGAGAUAGUAAAAACCAUUGACGUAUUAAAAGAUUUCAAAGCUAAAUGUGCAGAUUUGCAUCUGCCGACCUCAAUGACUCCUCCGGUGUCUCAUCCUCCGCAAAAUACUAUAGCUGUUGCUCCCACCACUGUAACUACCGCAAAAUCCAACAAGAGAGCUGUGACGACGAAAACUGACAAACCGAGAAAGCAAAUAAAAACAGCAAUAGAAGAUGCACCAACAAUUACUAGUGAAAUUUAUCCGGUUAAUUAUACUACCAACGAUUUGAGCCGUGCAUCUCAAUCUACCAUUGCAACACCGAGUCCUGUUGUACUUCCAUCAACUCCUCGCACUCAUACUCAUGCUCCUUUAGAUCCAGAGCUCAUCCGACGUCUUGAUACUAUUUUUCUUAAUUUCUUGCAAAACAUUUGCUCAAAUUUGAAUGCGAUGGAUUCAAAAGGAGAACAAAUACAUCAAACAUUGAUGGCAAAGAAAAUGCAGAAAUUAGAUGAAUCACCUGAUUUUCGACCAUUCAAGUUUCGUAUUCAAGCUUUCACUAAUGCAUUUUAUGAAGAAUUAAUGCGUUCUGGAUUUACUGAAGAAAUGUUACCUCUGCGUAAGGUGAAGAAUUACUUGUGGACUCAAAGAUAUAUUUCCCGAUUUAAUGAAGACGGAAAGAAAGCAAAGAGCAAGGGAAAUCACGUCUGGAACAUUGAAGCUAAGAAAAUUCCUACAGGUGGAUGGAUAUUUCGUGAAUUCACAAGAAAGAUAGCUGGUAUUCCAGACAAAAUUGCAUAUAUUGGCUUAAGAUAUACUUAUGCACCACGAGUUUGGGAUCCUCAAGUGAAUGUUAAAUCAAUAAAGGCUGUGUUUCACUCGCCUGUUCUGCCAGAUUGGCUUAAUUGGGAAAAUAAUAUUCUUACUGGUACUCCAGGUCUCGAUUCCCAAGGUUGUGAAGUAACAGCUAUUGCCAACUAUUAUCACGGUGACACUGUAUAUAAGCUUGAAAAGACAUUUGUGAUUCAAGUCGCUCAUCUCGAUACUUCUCAAGAACACGAAAUGAAUCAACUUGUUAAUCCAGUUGCAAUGGCUGAUUAUCAAUUGCAACCACAUCUCGAUGGACCAAUAGCUGUUGCAGAACAGCCACCACAAAUUAAUUCUUAUAUAUCGUCAAGCAACAAUAGCAAUAAUGGUAGAAAAGAGAAUGAAGAAAUUGCGAAAUCAUAUUACAAUUAG